CCAGAAUAUACUAAAUAAUGCUUGCCAUCAUAUAUGCACUAUGGUACAAUUAAAGGCUAGGUUCAGUAUCUUGUCGGAGUUUAAAGAUACGUUCUCUAAUCUGAAAUCUACAAGCGAUGUUCAGAUUUCAUGCGGACGUGGAGUAUUCUCAACCCAUAGGAUAAUUUUAGCGAGUCUCAGUAGCUUUUUGGAGAAUAUAUUUAAGGAUUUGGACCAGGAGCAAGAUGAUGCAAUUCUCAUCAUUCCAGAUGUUGAUAAUAAGUGUUUGGAGGACUUUUUGCGGAUUUUGUACGGCGUUGAGGAAGGAAACCGUGUUGAUCAUCAACUUAUAGAAUUGUUUCAUCUAAUAGGAAUAGAUAUUGCGCAGUUCAUUUCAGAGAUACAACCUUCAUAUAUAUCUCAGGUUUAUGGUCUGAAAUCUGUAGGAUUUGGAAGAUUAGACACUGAAUCCUUUGCAAGGAUUGAACCUGGAUCCUUUGCUAGAAUUGAUCCCCUUCUCAGCCUUGAAAUAGAAGAGGAACUACUCCGAUACGAUGAUCUUGAAACUAUUCUUCCGUCACAUACAAUAAACCCUACACAGACUAUUCUUACAUCAAGGGAAGGGUGCAGAGAAUAAAAAAUACUAGCCAAA